AUGCGCUAUAUCGCCGAAAAUACGACCAUCCCGAUUCCGCACGUUCACGAGACCCAGAUCCAUGAUGGUGGCGUUGAGUCUAUAUUAAUGGACUAUAUCGAAGGCCAGACGCUGCAAGAUGCAUGGUCCAGCAUGAUCCCUUCACAAAGGAUGUCCGUUGCGCAGGAACUGCAUGGAUAUAUACAGCAACUACGAGGACUAAAGCAUGAACAUCUGGAAAGCCAUAAGAAUAUAUAUACACGGCGCCCAAUCUACCAGGACGAGUACCUAUUUUCGAGAAUGACAACCUCCGUCCCGGAUCUCGUGCGAAGCGAUACGGCCACUAAACGGCGGGAGGGUAAUAUGGUCUUCACGCACGGUGAUCUGGCACCGAGAAACAUCCUGGUUGAUGACCAUGGUCAUGUCACUGCAGUAUUGGAUUGGGAGCUUGCAGGAUGGUACCCUGAAUGGUAUGAAACUGUUAGAGCGUAUAAUUUUUGCAACGACAUCCCUGGCUGGACUGCCUAUUUAUCAGCUAUUUUCCCGCCGGAUCAUGAAACGGAGUAUAUGGCUGUGGCAUUUGCUAGACAUAUGAGACGAUGA